AUGCUGCUGCCGGGCGGGGGGCGCAAGAGCCCGCUGCCUCCCGGUGGCUCGGAGCCCUCCCUCCGCCGCUGCCGCUGGGUCUGGCGAGACAGCACCGCCCCUGGCGCUCCCCGGCCCGCCCCCGGUGGCUCGGUCUCGGAACCCCCGAGCUGUCGGUGGGCGGUGCGGCUGCGGGGGUGCCUGCACCUGCACCCGGAGAGCGGACGGGCAAGGUAUCAGUGGUGCUGCUGUGGGGGUGGAGCCGCUGUCCCCGGACCGGCGGGGAGCUGCACGCCACGGAGCCGCGGCCGGGUAAGGACGGGAACGGCUCCGCUCGGCCCGGAGCGGGCGGUGGGGGCCGGCGGGGGCCCCGCGCACAGCGGUAGAGGCCGCGUGUGGCGGACAGGGAAGGAGAAGGAGCCCCUGGAGCCGCUGCACCGCAUGGGAGCGCUGCUGGGGAGCGGCGGCUCCGGGUCCGUGCCCUCGGGGUCCGCCCGUCCCACAGCGCUCCGGUACGUGGCGGGGAGGUGGCGAGGCGGAGCCAGCUCAGCCCCGCGCUGCCCUUGGCUUGCAGCGGCCAGGGCCGUGGGGCGGAAGCGCAUCUCCUGUGGGGCGAGCGGGAAUUACUUACAGAUAAUGGGAUUGAUGAAGACACUGGAGAAGAUGCAGGUGAAGAUGCCAAUACAAUGCAGCAGCCUGGAUUCAUGGCUUCUGCUUGGUCCUUUAUCACGACCUUCUUCACAUCACUCGUCCCUGAAGGGCCUCCACAGGUUGGCAGUUAAAGAGGAAAAGGAACUGAACAGCUUCAGUAGCCACAGGUAGAAGUGGAGCAGAUUCUAGAGAGCAUUUUAAAUACAGUGCAAUUCCUGAACAUUUGUUAUGUUACCUUUCUGAUCACAGUGUACAAAAAUAUGUGGGUUUUGUUUCCUUUUGGCUUUCUGAUGCACUGAAUAUUUUAAGCACAAGUGGACUACUGAAUACUUUCUUAUAAGAUUCUUUUUCUGAAGAAUAAAAUGUAAAGAUAUUGGUCUUCCAUAGUUUAUUUUAGUUUAAAAUGUGUAUUAUAUUGAGGCAAAAAGCUUGUACUUAAUCUGUACCAUUACAUCUUUAAAGAGCUGUUAAAAACAUGAAUGUCGAUGGAACUUCCAA